AUGACAGAGCUCUUCCAGUUCAAACUGCACUUUUACAUGGGCGAUCUGUGCGAUCUCACCUACUCUGCGGGCAUCGCGUUAGCUGUACGUCGAAUAUACUACCAGGAGACCUGCGAAGGACGCAGUCGAAGCCUCACGCCACUUCCACGAGUGCUAACUCGCCGGACUGCGAGUUUCUGGCGCGAAUACUGCAGGAAGCUCCCUAGUGCCGUUCUCGUCGCUCUGGCUGGAGGGUACGUCCACGCCGUGUCCUCGUACAGGAUCUUGGACCGGGGGCAGGUCGUGAUCGUUCUCUUCGCAGUUUCCACCGCGCUGCUCAAGAUCGGCCUCCAGGAAUCCGCCAAGUGGUACAUUAUCAAGAGAGGCGUCCAAAGUAUCCGCACCAUGUGCGUGCUGGUGGGGGUUCCGACCGUUCUCAUCGAUACGCAGACGCGGAUUCUCAUGGUGGGGACGCAGACCAACACGUUCCUCAUGAUCGGAACCGUUGGUAUGGCGAUGGUGGAAGGUUGCAUGAGGGCUGCGAAGGCGCUGUCCAUUGUCUAUUCCAUUCGCCGACAAGCCAAAGCAGUCGAGGAGAAACUUCACCAGUUAUCUGCCAACACGAUGCAGGCGCAGGUGGCCAAACACAAGACCACGCAAUCCUCUUCAUCUCCACCCUGUUCUUCGUCGUUGAAGCUCGAGUUCGAUCUCUGGCGACGACAGGUUCUACCCUACCACACAGCAGAGCGGACGGCGGACAUGUACGCCGAGUACAUUUCCAUCGGCUGCUCGCAGUCCAUCAUGUUCUGGUUCGCCGGUCAUCCGUACUACCCAGCGCUCAAGUUCGACGCCACCAGCACGUUAUCGGACCACGGGGCGUGGCGACUGGGCAAGCUGGGCAUGCUGGUGUUCCAGUUCGCAGUGGAAGUGCUGGUCGACUACAUUGGCGUCGUGGUGGAGAUGGCGGUCGGGAUCGAGUUCGACCGCAUCAAAGGCCUCAGCGCCUUCCUCGGGGUGCUCUUCAUGGCCAUGGCCGUCCUCACCAUCAACAUCUCGGCCACCAUUUACCUCGGCUAG